CUCGUUGCGCGUGUUUACUUCCGGCGCAGACCGGAAACAUCAAAGGGUUUCUGGAGGUGAUCGAAUGGUAUUGUGCAGAAUUGAUUUGAUUACUGCAUUAUAACAGAUUAUUUUCAGUGGUGAAGCUGUUUUUGCUGUCAGUGGUGAUAACCCGCGUUCAGAAUGGGGUCCCACCUCGUGCGGAGUUAUAUCACGGAAAGAGACGCGACGCCGGACCCGAGGAAACCGUCUGCAUACGACCCGCAGCUGGGCUUCCCUGAGCGGGAGGAGAGAGUAAUGGUGGCGACGCGCGAGCAGAUGAACCUGGCCAUGCUGCCGGUGGAGCAGCGCGAUUACUGCGCUCACUACCUGCUCAAACUCCUCAAGUGCAAGAGAGACAGUUUCCCCAACUUCCUAGCCUGCAAACACGAGAGACACGACUGGGACUACUGUGAACAUCAGGAUUAUGUGAUGAGGAUGAAAGAGUACGAGAGAGAGAGAAGACUGAACUUGAGGAAAAAGAGGAUCGAGGAAAAUGCAGCAUAAAUAGCCCACCCUCGUCUUCAGUUCUCCAUCAGUUGUUUCUCUGUAUAUAAAUGGCUCUCUCAAUAAUAAAGAUUAUCUUGUGAGCUCUCAAAA